UGAAUUUCAGAUGUUGGUGCUCGAUCAUCCGUAUUUAUUUCGUUAGACGCCACAUCAAUUUUAACCUCUCCCUGACCCCGCACCAACAUGUUAUAUUGUCACUGUCCAGAAAAACAAAUUUAUCGAGUUUCAGCGGAGACAUGUGAACGGAAAUGUACUGCUCUACAGCCUCAGGUUUUGCAAAAGCGUUGCUCGUCUUAAAAACAAAAAUUUGACACUACAUGGGAUUAUCAUCCAUCAAGACAAUGAUAUGUAACAACUCAGAUGACUUGUAUAUUACCAACCUGAUAUGCAUGCGCUAUAAAAUAGAAUUUACAAAUUAUUCAAAUUUAUUCGUUUUUGUGCAGCUAAUCUAAACAAUGUUCUUGACAAAGCCUUGAAAGUAGACUAUUUCCUAUGAUGCAAUUAUCCAUCCAAGUCGUGCCAACCAUUUUAACAACACAUUUGUUUUGCAUUUAAAUAGGCCCCCAAUUUAGUUUAGUUUGUUAGCAAAAGUUUUGUUUUUAGCAUCUUUGAUCAGAUGGGGUUCAGCAGAUGGCAACAAAAUGAGAAGACAAUAUUUGGUUCUGAAACUUUGAUCAGACAGUGUUUUCAGAUUCUCACCACCACUCUGCUCAGCCUUCUGCUGCCGCUCUCAUUUCUCCUCGUGGCCCGGCUCACGACAGCAAGGUAUCUGCUGGAUUAUGAUUCGAGUUCGACUUCUCAGCCAUUGUCUACUCUGUUCUCACUUUUUUUAGCCACCAAUCCUACUCUUCUCCAUGGUCUUGUGUCUGUUGUUUGUUUUCUGUCUCUUGUUCAUGGUUUGAGUAAAGAACGGGUCAUGAUCGCGCCUUCUAGUGAGCCUUCAGAGCCUAUUCUGCGUCCGCGGUUGUACACAGCUUGGAUUAUCCUAUGCACAUUGCAGGUUUUGGUUGGUGUGGGGAUUGAGGGGAGCAUAGGGUCAGGAGCUGAUGUUUUUAAUUUUGGCUACGAGAGAGGUGUGCUGAGUAAGUUCCUUUUCUUUGUCGGAUUACAUGAGACCAUGCUUUACUGGUCUAGAAUGGUGGUGAAGCCGGUGGUUGAUGAUACGGUUUUUGGUUCUACAAGGGAAGAGAGGUGGAUUGAGAGAAUGAUCCUGGCUGCCAGCUUUAGUACUUUAUGGUGGUGGAGACUGAACGACGAGGUGGUCUCCCUGGUGGUUGUGGCUGAGGUUAAGAAAGAGUUGUUGACCGCGACUAACUUGGCUGACUUUGUGAGCUGGUGGUUGUAUUACCUAACUGUCACAAUCGGAAUUGUUAGGUUGAUUAGAAGCUUCAUAUGGGUUGGCUUUGUGUUGUUUUCCAGUAAGCCUGAUAAAAUUGCUGAUGACUCCUGUGGAAAUGAUCAAAAGGUCUAAAUUCUGUACAUAUGCUGGAUAAUGUAUCCAUGUAUCUCACUGUUUUAUAUUCUUUGAAACAUACAGGAAAAUUCGGAAAAAGUUGUGUUGCACAGAAGUUGUAAAGUGUUGUCAUAGUCUUGACAGACUAAGAGCCUGUUUAGCUGGCUUAUUACACAAACAAACACUUUUCAGUCUAAAGUUAGAAACAACCUUAAGCUCCGAGCCAAACAGGUUUUAAGUCUGUCAUUAAUCAAUUUAGUAUAAGUAAUAUUUAGCUGAAUGCCAGAAUAACAAGAAAUCAGAUGCAUUGCGGACCUUACAAGCGACAGAUACAAGGCAAGGCUGAUAAGGUCAUGCUAGAUCUUUCCAAGGGAGUUUCCUCCUCAAGUUCCAUAGAAGAUGUUCCCUGGUUGCAAACCGGCGUCUAAUUGUAUUAUAAUCGGUUUGCAUAAACUAUCAGUGUCAGUACAGUAACUUGAUUGUCAUCAUUCCUGAAUCCAGAUAUGAAACAAUGAUACUUUGCUUCUGUCAAGUAGCAGAGGACAAAUCACUACGCAUCAAUAUAUAUCUGUAUGCAUGCUGAUGACAACAUCGAUGUUUCAGUUGCAGUACCAACGCAUGAUCUGCGUACUUAGCAAUUGUUGACAUAUUCAAGAGAGAAUUUUAUCUCUUUCAUUGGUCUUUUUUGUUCAAUUCUAAAGGUAAUGACAUGCACCAUGCAGCUUA